AUGGAUCAGAUUCAGGCCCCUGCCAGAUGUCUGUUCCCAAAGUACACAGCUUCCUCUGCACAGAUCAACAAAACUCCGACGAAAAACCCAGUGGCCAAAUCCCCAGUUCCCUUCUCCAUCGGGGACAUCAUGAAGUCUGUCAGUAUCCACAGCCAUCGGGAUGGAGUACUUGGUAAAACUCAGAUAACCGACUCUAGCCGAGUCGGGGCCACAAACACUAGCUUUCCGUUAGAGGAAUCACACGAGUUGGAUCAAGCGAUUGUGACAACCAAGCAAGGCCUGCAGCUUGAGCACCUUCUUCUCCACCAGAAAUCAGACUCUCCAAGGACAGUUGACCUUCACCGUACAUCCUACAACCCCUUUAUCACCUUCCUUGACAGAUCCAUUAUACAAAACACCCAAGGAAGACCCGCUGCUCCUCCAAUGGCACUGAAUCUGAGUCUCCACCACCUCCAGUCCUGUCCAGAGCUGCCCUUUCCCAGUGUCCAGUCAUGCCCAGAACUGUCAAAUACCAGUAUGAACUCCCAACAUCAGCAGAGGACUUGUCAGCCAGAUACCAAUAUUGGGAAUAAGAUGUCUUCUCCAUCAAGUGAUGUUUGUGAUGAUCUCAUCGACGUGGAGAGCACCAGUCCAAAUGGAAGUACUGCUUCCAGUGGUUUCUACAGCAACCCGAGCCCAACUCCCAGCUCUGACAGUUCCUCUAUGUCAGGGCGAACCUCCCCCAAUGCUCAGGAAGAAGUUUGUGUCUCAGAGCGAACCUCUCCCAGUACUCAGGAGGAAGAUCGAGUCUCAGAGCGAACUUCCCCGAAUACUCAAGAGGAAGAACGUGUUUCAGCGAACCUGAGGAAGAACUACACCAAGAAGCAAGUGAGGCGGUUGAAGCAGGUGUUUCUGGAGAACAAAUACCCGGAUGUAGAGCUGUAUGAAGAUCUGUCUCAGGAGCUGGAUAUUCCAGUACAGAGACUUAAGGUGUGGUUCCAGAACAGACGAGCACGCAACAAAAGAGCCUCCGAUUCCAGAAUAAAGAACUACUCCCUCCACCAGCAGAACAUGGCCGCCAUGUUGUCGUCUGCUCCAGGAUACGGGUACUUGUCUCCCAUGAUGCACCAGUCCGUGAACCAGUAUCCAGUACCCCAUGUACCAAUGAUGUACCCGCCCAGUCUGUACCCAGGGUACCCCUACCCGUUCCACUAUCAGCAGUGA